UAGACAGCAGUGGUAUCCCUCUCCUAAGUUAAGCAGUGUCAAACUGAACUGAAGUUGGGAACGAUUGGAAAUCCGCGUGAAACAAGUGUCUGUUCAGUUCCAACGAAACCUAUCUUAAAUUAAUCGUUCUAAAUAACCUGUGCUUUCGCAGUACUGACUGAUCUCUGUGAGAUUGCAAAAACAUUCUAUAUAAAACAUUGUUGCCUACCGUUUACCGCAAAAAUGAUGAUGCACUCGUCUCAGAAGGACACAACCUACACAAAGAUAUUUGUAGGAGGUCUUCCAUAUCACACCACGGACUCCAGUCUCAGGAAAUACUUCGAAGUGUUCGGUGAUAUCGACGAGGCUGUUGUUAUAACGGACAGACAGACGGGCAAAUCCAGGGGUUAUGGAUUCGUGACGAUGGCAGACCGGGCGUCUGCGGACCGAGCCUGCAAGGACCCAAACCCCAUCAUCGACGGGCGGAAAGCCAAUGUGAACCUGGCCUACCUGGGGGCCAAGCCCAGGGUCAUGCAGCCAGGUGAGGGGAUGGACGCGCUGGCGGAGGGCUGCGCCACACGUUUAUUUCACAGCUUGGACGACCAAGGUUUCUCAUUUGGUGUUCCUCAAAUCCAUCCAGCGUUCCUCCAGAGGCCUUAUGGGAUCCCAGCCCACUAUGUCUACCCCCAGGCCUUUAUGCAGCCAAGCACCAUGGUCAUCCCUCACAGCAUGCAGUCGCCUGCCGCCACGGCCUCCGCCGCCUCCUCCCCGUACCUCGACUACACCGGAGCGGCCUACGCCCAGUACUCGGCCGCAGCCGCCAGCGCCGCGGCCGCCGCUGCCUACGAGCAUUACCCGUACGCAGCCUCCCCGGCCCCUGCAGGCUACAUGGCUGCAGCAGGGUACGGUUACGCGGUCCAGCAGCCCCUAGCAGCCGCAGCCACCCCGGGAGCAGCCGCAGCAGCUGCAGCCUUCGCCCAGUACCAGCCUCAGCAGCUUCAGGCAGACCGCAUGCAGUAACUGACCACUAUGAGCCUGGAUAACAGAAGAGGGGGAUGCUGUAGAGAGGAGGGAGGAGGCCAUACUCACCCCCA